AUGGGGGGGAAGAUUGAGGGGCUAGCUGGGAUCCUAAUGGGAAAAGUUGGGGGGGGCGCCCUCCGCUACCCUUGGCGGGGGGGGGGGGGCAACAAGGGGGAAAACGAACUUGGGAACAGGGGUUGGGGAACUGGUUGGGGACCCACCACCACGGGGGGGGACAAAAGGUCUUACCACACCGUUUUACCUGAAGGCUGGUGGGGGCCCGUGUGGUACCCGUUGCCGGCCCCGGGGGCCAUUGCCCAAAAAUCUGGGGGGGACCAGUUGUUUCAACCCCCACACAACGAAGGUUAA